AAGAGUCCUACCACCAAAAAUAUCCCCACGGGUACCCAAUAGAGCGCGGGAUCAUCAACUCCUGGGAGGAUAUGGAGGCCGUGUGGAAGAACGUCUACGACAAUGACCUGCAGAUGCAACCUAGUGAGCAGCCCGUGAUUCUGACCGAGGCCCCGCUCAACCCUCUGGUCAACCGAGAGAAGAUGACCGAGCUCUUCUUUGAGCGCUUUGACGUACCAGCUCUCUAUGUGUCUAUCCAGGCCGUGCUCGCGCUCUACGCUUCGGGACUCACCACGGGCUGCGUGGUGGACUCCGGUGACGGUGUCACCCACAGCGUGCCAAUCUUUGAAGGCUACUGCUUGCCCCAUGGUGUCCUCCAGCUUGACCUGGCUGGCCGCGAUCUUACAGACUACCUAACACAGCUUCUGAGAGACAGCGGCACUUCACUAGACACCGCAGCUGGGAAGCAGCUUGUACAAAACAUAAAAGAAAAAUUAUGUUAUGUGUGCCUGAAUCUAGAGGAGGAGAUGGCUAAGAAACCUAGUGAAGUGGAAAAAACUUACCACCUUCCUGAUGGCAAUGAAGUUAAGGUUCAGGAUCAAAGGUUUCGUUGUCCAGAAGCCCUUUUUUAUCCUCAUAACAUUGGUGUAGAGGCACCAGGGAUUGACAAGCUCUGCUUCAGCUCUAUCACGAAGUGUGACGUUGGCCUGAGGGCUUACUUCUACUCCAACAUCAUCCUUUCUGGUGGUUCCAGCCUCUUCCCUGGAAUUGCUGAACGCUUCAACAAGGAGAUGGUCCACAUGGUCCCGGGUGAUGUUAAGGUGAAAGUCAGUGCUCCUCCUGAGAGGAAGUUUUCGGCUUGGAUAGGAGGCUCUAUCCUUGCCUCCCUGAGUGCCUUUCAGCAAAUGUGGAUUACCGUGGCAGAGUACAGGGAGGUGGGGCCUAACAUCGUGCACAGAAAAUGUUUCUAA